UAGUCGUUUGUUUCCAUCCAGCGAGUGGCGAGAGAGGGCGUGGAGUUGAGUGUAAACGAAAUAAUGGCAACGAAAUCGGAAUCGGAAGGUAGCGGCGGUGGGAAGGUAGUUCCUGUGAUCGUGUGGAACGAAGGGCUUAGAAGGUUCGAGACGGAAGACAAGGAGGCUUACGUGGAGUAUGUGCUCAGAGAUAACGGUAACGUCAUGGAUUUGAUCCACACCUUUGUGCCUUCUUCAAAGAGGGGGCUCGGUUUAGCUUCCCACCUUUGCGUCGCUGCUUUCCAACACGCUAAGUCCCACUCGUUAUCCAUCAUCCCUACCUGUUCCUAUGUCUCUGAGACAUUUCUUCCGCGGAAUCCAUCUUGGAAUUCUGUCCUGUACAAUGGAGCUGGAAAAAUAUAGCAUCUAAGCUUAACAGUUACGCAAGCAUCUU